AUGUCUGUGUCUCUUCUUUCCCGUCGUCUCGGUGUCUUUAUCGACGGAAUACAUUGGCAUUUUCUCUUCAUUAAGAAAGAGGGAAACAUGUCUUCAAACAGAGGUGCACACGAAGGAGGCGGCGUGGGUAGUGAAACACAUACAACAUACGGCACGAAUCUCAUCUCAAACAGGACUGGAGCAGAAGAAGAAAAUCAAGUGGAAGAGGCGGAGUUGAAAUAUGGAGCAUCGCAUGUCAUACACUUGUUUGUACCAGUUUCCUUGUGUAUGGCUCUUGUUGUUUUCACCAUGAAUACCGUCACGUUUUACAGUCAGAACAAUGGGAGGCAUUUGCUCUACACCCCAUUCGUCAAGGAAACCGACAGUAUUGUGGAGAAAGGAUUGAUGUCGCUUGGAAACGCACUUAUCAUGCUUCUUGUUGUUGUUUUCAUGACAGUUUUGCUCAUUGUCUUCUACAAAUACAAGUUCUACAGAGUGAUUCAUGGUUGGCUGAUUGUCAGUAGCUGUUUACUCUUGUUUCUUUUCACAACAAUAUACGUACAAGAAGUCAUGAAAAGCUUUGAUAUUUCGCCAUCUGCCGUUCUGGUGUUGUUUGGUUUAGCAAACUAUGGAGUAGUGGGAAUGAUGUGUAUUCAUUGGAAAGGACCACUACUUCUGCAACAGUUCUACCUCAUCACCAUGUCCGCCUUGAUGGCUCUCGUCUUCAUCAAGUAUCUGCCGGAAUGGACAGUGUGGUUUGUGCUUUUUGUGAUUUCCGUCUGGGACCUGGUCGCUGUACUAACACCAAAAGGACCGUUAAGAUAUCUGGUGGAGACUGCUCAAGAAAGGAACGAACCGAUAUUUCCAGCACUGAUAUAUUCGUCUGGAGUCAUAUACCCUUACGUCCUUGUCACCGCUGUUGAGAAUCCAGGAGAGUCCAGAGAGCCCAGGGAACCCAGAGAACAACCCGCUGACACUGACGCUGUACCUUCAACAUCAACUGGAUUUGCUCCAGCUCCAGAAACUGGCGCCAAACGGACCAAAGUAAAAAGAGUCGCUCAAAAAGUGCAAAUCGAGACGCAAUCCACAAGUCAGGGAGAGGGUUCUGGAGGAGUUAGAGUGGAAAGAGUGCCAACCAGACCGGUUCAGCAAGAGCCACCAAUGCAACAACAUCACGAUGAUUUCCAGGAAGAAAGAGGUGUCAAACUUGGUCUCGGUGACUUCAUCUUCUACUCCGUUCUCCUAGGAAAAGCCUCAUCCUAUUUCGACUGGAACACUACUAUCGCUUGCUAUGUUGCCAUUCUAAUUGGAUUAUGUUUCACACUUGUUCUUCUUGCCGUAUUCAAGCGGGCACUUCCGGCUCUCCCUAUUUCCAUCUUUUCCGGGCUCAUUUUCUAUUUUUGUACCCGCUGGAUCAUCACUCCAUUUGUCACCCAUGUCUCGCAAAAUUGUCUAUUAUACUGA